GUAAUAACUGUAACAGUCAGGGAGAGGAAGCGUUAUGGUCACACGUGUUACUGAUUCUUUUUUUCUGCUUCACUUGUGAGAGACUGUGGGAGUCCUAGAGGCGUGUCGAUGUUUACAGAGGAAAUACUACAGCUGGAAGAAUGACACUGUUCAACCUUAGACUAGGAAAACCUGCAGCUCCUUUUUCCUAAAACUGGAGAAGAAGAGGAGGACUUCAGGAGGAGGAUGUGAGUACAGAAAAAAGGGGGUUUAGUGAGAGUUUAGCAGCAGAGUGUGAGCCCUUGCUGUGAAAGGAAUGUGGGGUUUUUUCAGGGCGUGUUGAGGUCUGUCAGACUGAUCACACCCACAGCUGCAGUUUCUCUCAUUUUAACAAGAGCUUAAGGUAACAUUUGCUCAUUAACCUGAAAUUUAACUUUACUGUCAUCCAUUGAAAGUUCAAUAUUUAAUGUUUAAUUUUGUGCAUUUUCACUUUUUCAACUCUCCAUUUAUUUUUGUUUGAUUGAAAUGUUUAUAUUUGGUGGUGAUACAAGUGGUGAUACAAUUUCAGACAGACAAAAAAUAAAAUAUCAUUGAAUAUAAAUUUUUAGUUUUUGAAUCUUCUUACUCAUAAUUUUAUUUCUCUUCACAUUUUACCAACUUAAAAAAAAAACUUAAGCUAUUGAAGCUCCUGUGAAAAAACCUCUGUGUUUUUAGUGCCCCCUUAUGGACAAAACACUCUGUCCUUUGUUCUUGAUUUUUAAUCCUUAAAAUGCUUAAACUAAAAAAGAUAAUGUAAGAUUUCAGACUUUAAAUAACUACACUAAAUUGAUAACUAUUAAUGCUGUUUGCUUUAAUUGGUUGUAAAGGAGCGUUAGCAUUAAUUUUAAUUAGCCAUCAUAACCAGCCAAAAUCCCGAAACAGGAUCUUUAAUUUAUAUUUCAAGACAUGACCCUUUCUUUAUAUUCACCAUCUUUGUGAACUAACAGUUUCUUUUCUUUUUUUCCCCCCUUUUUUGUGGUCUUAUAAAACAUUUAAAUUUCCUGUGAGAAACUUUCAGGUUGUGUUGAUUUAGGCACCAACUGUGGACAAGUUUCGUCCUGUACAGGUGUACAAAGUGUUUCUUCAGAAAAGAAAAAUCUCAUCCCAAUCUCUCUGAAAAACUGGAUGAUUCAUUAAAAAAUAUAUUUUCCUGUUGAACAUCAGAAAAAGAAUUUUAGUUUACACUAAUUUUGACACCUAACCCCUAUGUUUUUAGCCAUUGGCAAUGAUUAUCUAGAAAUACUCACCCUUUUUUUUAACAGUCUGUUAGGCUUUUAAAAAGCAACAAUUUAUACUUUCAUAACAUUUUCAGAGUUUGAUUUAAAUCCACUGUAUUAUUUUGCCACACUAACUUCCUGUCCCUCAUCCGAUUUUCACAUUUUUUCUAUUGUGAAAUAUGUUCUGCAUGUUUUGGCUUCAUAUUAAAGAGUAACAGUGUAAAUGUAUUCUAAUGAUUGGUACUUUUUGCAGGUUUUGCAUGAGGUUUGACUAGUUUUUAUGCUGAAGAACAAUUGAAAAAAGUGCCAACCCAAUCCUUGUUUACUGCAAUAAAAGCAAAACCUGCAUAAUGCACCUUGAGCUGCAAUGCUUUUAUGUAAACAAUGGAUCAAAUGACUGUAGAGUGAAACUUUCUCAGUCUCAGUCUUAGUAAUAUUACAGUCAGUCAUCAGGUUAAACAGAUGGAUGGUUAAAAGACUAGAUGGAUACUUGAAUAUUUUUUGUUGCUUCAUGAACCAAGUCUGUUGGUUGAGACAGAAAGCAGGUGAGAAGCUGCACCUGUCCAAGACGUCCAUCAACAGGCCAGUCUGACAAAAUACCUCCAUAUUCAUAAUCUGGUUUUCCCUCUAUGUCCUCCCUCAGGCCGAGCUUCAGGCUGGUCUACAUUUUCUUGUAUAACCUGUUCCAGUUCUGUGGACACACCUGGAUCCUGGCCAACAACAUCGCCAGGUUUUUGACCUUUGGGAAAGGUGAGAUUCAGAAAAUGCAGAUAUGGUAAUUCAAACAUUUUGGGUUCAACCUGAAAACAUCUCUUCGGCUCACAGCUGGGACUACAUUAUGGACCUCUAAGUAGGAAUGGUCAGUCUCAAGUGGAGUCAAAGGAGUCCACGGUUUCCAAAAAGAAUGUCUUGGGACUGCCUUUUGGCUUUAAGGUGGUAAUAAUAACAUUGUUUUUGACUCUGCAGAUGCUUUGGCGGACACAUUUUACUCUGUGGGAUUCGUGAUGAGUCUGUGUCAGCUGCUCUCAAUCCUCGAGCUCUUCCACAUCGCAGACGGCAUCGAGAGAGCCCGACUCUUCUCUCGCUUCUUCCAAGUAGGUUUCACUUGCCGAAACACCCAGAUAGGCUUCGGUAAGUCUCUUUUAUCUGAUUGUGUUGGUGGAUUGCUUCAUGUUUCAGGUGGUGGAGAAGAACCUCCUGCUGAUCACGGUCAUCAUGUUGGAGGAGAUUCAAAGUAAACCUGUCGUUUGUGUCCAGCUCUUCUUAUGGAACAUCAUGGACCUCUUGAGGUAAGAACAUCACUUACACACUUUGUUCAUGUGCAAGGUAGUAGACAGUCAAUUUAAGGUUCUGCACAAGGUUCUAGACCAAUACAUGCUUCACUGUAAACAGCCAAUGAACUUGUGCCCUUGUUAGCGCUCAUUCUGAUUCCAAAUGCACCUUUGAACAACUCAAUAUAAUCUCUUAGCAACCCUGGUCUCGCAGAGAGUCCAGAUUGUGCGCCUCUUAACUAGCAAAACCACCAUAUUUUUCUGAAUAUAAGGCACACUUGAAAUGCUUAAAUUUUCUCAAAAAUUGACAGUGCACUUUAUAAUCUAGCGUGCCUGAUGUAUGAUAAGACUUGAAACUAGAAACCAAGACCCUUAACUCUUUUAGAAUAAGCUAGCAGCAGUAGUCGCCCCCUGCUGGACAUUAAAGGUAGUGCUGGUUUAAGACUGUCUUAUUUCCUCAGUAAAUUCUUAUUAAAAUCUCCUCCCUUAAUGACAGGUACCCCCAUGAGCUGCUGUGUCUGAUGGAGAAACCCUCCAUCACCAUGCUGUGGACUCGAUAUACCCUCUGGAUCCCUGUGUACAUCCUGUCAGCAGCCACAGAAGGUUAAAAAAAAGUCCUUUUUAUUUACUUUAUUCUACUGAAGCUUUGUGAAAUUUGAACAUACAGAGAGGCAUGCCUCGGGUUGCAGCUGACCUGACGUGAGCUACACAUUAUGAGCUGCUACAUGUGUCCGUUUGUGGUGUUGCACAAAGGAAGCCGUGAGAGUAGACAGGAAAUGAGUUGGCAAAGCAGCAGAGAUGAUAAAAUGUCAGGAAGUGUGUGAGGAGAGUUUAGUCCAGGGUGUUUAAACUGAUCACUGCAGAAGCUACAGUAGCUUAGUCAGCAGAGUUUGAGUCCUCUUUGUCUAACAAUCUGACUUUAGGAAGGCCAGAGUAGACCAUCUUGAUUAUAAACCAUCAUGUGAAGAAGUAUGUCUCUAAAAUGACCCUGUUUUAUUGUCAGUUUAUGGACUAAACUUAAAUGUAUCUUAAAUCUAAGAGGCUGUUUCUGCAUCCUAAACGUAUCCCUCCUUUUCCUCAGGUGUCACCAUUUACCAGGCCCUGCCGUAUGUGGAGCCUAAAGUACCUGAAUCUUCCUCUUCAAACUCCACAGGGUCAUCACAGCUUCACCUGUCCUUUGCCCUGAUGUUUUACCUGCCUGUUCUGGCUUUGGGUGAGACGACUAAGCUUGUAGACAGACAUGCAUGGGUGUCUUAAACCCACAUUUCUCCUUAAGCACAGGACAAAAUGAUAUAAUUCAUUAAAAGCUGUGCACAGGAGAAGAGCUAUGCUGCUGUCUUGAAGGGAUAUUCUGGUGUAUAUUGCUAUAUUACUAAUGUGCGGUCAUUCUUGAAGUCCCGCCCCCUUCCUUCAUGUUUUGGAUGUUUCCCUGCUCCAACACACCUGAUUCAAAUGAUCAGCUCGUUAUUAAGCCAUUACAGAGCUUGAUAACGAGCUGAUCAUUUGAAUCAGGUGUGUUGGAGCAGGGAAAUAUCCAAAACAUGCAGGACAGUGGGCCUCAAGGACUGGACUUGAGAACCACUGGUAUAAGUAAAGAAGCAAGCAGUCUGCAACAUUCUUCUCUCGAGGGGGUGUCUACCUUGGUAUUAACAGUGUGUUUGACCAUAACUUAAAUUUAUGCCAGAAUAUCCCUUUAAUGUUUCCGGCUUUCUGAUCAUUUUUCAUCUGACUUAAAUCCAUAAAGAAUACUUUAGCAUUAAAAAAAUCUCAAAGCUUUGCAGAAAAAGGGAUGUACUCUCUCUAUUUUUGACCUUCUAACUCUUGUCUUUUGUUUCCAGGAGCCUCUGUAACGGUGUGGCUGCUGCUGAAGGAGAGAAAGCACCACUUGAAUAGAUGGAACAAACAGACGAAGAAGAAGAAAUGACAUCUGGAGUCAGAGACUAAAAGUUUGGAAUUUUCAAAAAGACUACAGGAGUUCACUCAGAGUGUUUCAGAAAAAAUCCAAACCACAGAUUCACACUAUUUUACAAAACUUGACUUUUUUAAUGGGUGUAAACAGCUGUGACGGAGUAAAGCAGAGUGCAUGGUGCUGCAGAGAACCAUCCCUGUAACAAUGUCAGAAAAUACAUAUAUGGAGUCCAUUUCAAAGCUCCCCCCAUGAUUUGGUGAAGAACCUGUUUAGUGUGGCCAUGGUAACAGUUUGUCUCGGUCCCUCUGGGCUACCAUCCAUACACUCUGGUCCACACAGCUUUCUUCUUGAACUCGGAAGAGGACCUCAGGGCCAACAGAGCAGCUGAAACAAUGAAACAGGAAGAUUUUUUAAACUGUAGGAAGAGAUAUGGAGGAUGCUUUUGAAGGUUUUACUGUGUUGUCCUGAUAAAGACAUUUGCAGUUUUUAAAAACUGAUGGAAAAGUCAGACCGACCAGUCUGCACAUGUUGGAGGAAAGGGGGGUUAAGCUGAGUGUUUUUGCAGGUGGCUUUAGUGAACUGUUUCUCAUAGACUUAGUCAUAAAGAGAUAAACACUCAGCUUGAAGUCAGUUUGUCCCCACUUCAUAUCAAAAUGCAUUAAAAGCAGCAAAGAACAAAGUCAGCGUUAUUAGAUAUAUCCUUAAAUACUGUUUAUUGAACAUCCUUGACCAGAUGUGGGUGAGUAGAGGGAGGAUAUGAGGCUGAUCUAUGUGUGCAUAUUGCAUUAAUUAUUUUUGGUGAAUAACAUUACUGUGUCUUUGAUGGAUUCUACGCACUGAUUGAAUAAAGAAGACCCCCUGGUGAGAGUAAGGGGUGGCGUGUUUAAAGGGUGGAUAUCACUCAUCGUCACUCUUGUGUAACAAAUACCAAACAAUGUGUUGAAUUUGACAGACUAAGCAAAAAUCUCCACUUCAAAAGGCAUUUCCAACAACCUGCAAUAGAAGCAUCUGAGCAUGAACGCUCAAAUCUGCACAAUCAUCUCACACUCAAAAGUCCAAACUCACUUGCAUCUGAUGGACAACCAUGAUCAAGAUGCUCAUUCUCUCCCAGCUUUAUGUCAGACACACUAAGACAAGUCUAACAACCGGAAAACCUCGCUGUGUCUCUGUGGGGUUAUUUUUGUUACCUUUGGCGGUGUCAAUGGUUGAUGCAGACAGACUCUGUUCAGGACCUUCAGUGAUGCUGAGGAGCCAAUCUAUGAACUGAAACACAGUCAUUCUCAUUAGCAUCAGUUUACUCCAAAAAUCUGCUUUAAAUUCAGACCAUCAAAAACAUGUGAAACCUUUGUUUUCUGGCCGCUCCAAGGCUCUUUAUCCAGCAGCAUGAGCAGGCUGUGGGACACUCCCAGCAUACACUGGGGCAGAGCGCGCUCGGUGAAGGACUCCUCGCUGCUGCCGUACAGACUGUGCUGCAGAGUUUGGGGCUUUGACCCCGGUUGCCAUGGAAACCACCUGUCCCUGAUGCCGAACAAGAGGGGCAUGAAGUGGUCGCCCCAGGAGACGACGGCAGCAGUGAAGACCUGGAAGAGAAAGUCUGUAGCCUGUAGAGGAGAUGAAAAAAUUGUGAUUUUUGAUCAGAGAAAAACUUUUUUUUUUUUUUUAAAUCAGAAUUUCCGACUUCAUAAAAGCUCUCCAAAGUUUUUUUUGUCACAUUUACAGAAUAAAAACUAACUGACUCAUUCAGGAGCUGCAGUUUUAUUUACCGGCUGAAUGAAUCUCUCUCCUAUAAGCUGUAGAAAAGAUAAACUGUCUUCAAACCUCAGUGAAAGGAUGGAAACAGUUAAAGAAAUCACUGUAAAUGUGAUGAGGUGGGUUAUUUCUAAACUAAGCUGAUGUUACAUGGUUCCUUUGUAUCAUCUCUACCUGUUUGUGCUUCUGUCUGUAUAAAUGUGAAAGAAGUGAAUCAAAUAAAACCGCAAACCAGUUUCAAA